AUGGAGUAUAUUCCUUAUGCGUCAGUGGUUGGGAGUUUGAUGUAUGCUCAAACUUGUACUCGGCCAGAUAUCAGUUUUGCUGUUGGAAUGUUAGGCCGAUAUCAAAGUAAUCCCGGAAUGUAUCACUGGAAAGCUGCAAAGAAAGUUCUUAGGUAUUUACAAGGUACCAAAGAAUACAUACUCACCUACAGAAGGUCAGAUCAUCUUGAGAUGGUUAGCUACUCGGAUUCAGACUAUGCUGGAUCUGGAGGAGCAAUUUCUUGGAAAAGUGAAAAACAAUUAGUCAUUACUACUUCCACCAUGGAGGUUGAAUUCGUGGCAUGCUUUGAGGCCACGGUUCAUGCUUUGUGGUUGCAGAACUUUGUAUCGAGGCUUGACAUUAUUGACAAUAUUGCUAGAUAA